UUUUCUCAUGUCUUAGGGUUGAGCUUCCUAAAACACAGAUGAAGUGUUCAACUUUCAGAUUCAUUUUCUUUGAAUCUUGUCAACAAAACACUCUCGGACUCAGAAACUGAGGAGAGAAAGACAGGAGAGACACAGAGGAGGAAGGAGAGAGAAAGAGAAAGAAAGAAUGAGCUCGUCCAAAUCAUCAGCAUCCCAACGCACAGAGAACGGAUGCUUCUCUUCCCAGGUGUUCUUAUGGACUGUUGCUGGGGUCUCCAUCCUACUGCUCAGUGUCUGUUUUAUCGCCAAAUGUGUUGUGACGUAUCACAUCUUUCAACUUUGUGAUGGGAAAAAGGUCCAGCCACGUGAGGAUUUAAUGGAGCUCUCCUGCUAUAGUGAUGGAUCAAGUUCACUGAAGAAUUGCUGUCCAUUGAACUGGGUGCAUUUUCAGUCUAGCUGUUACUUCUUUUCUACUAACACCAUGACCUGGACAGCAAGUUUGAAAAACUGCUCCAGCAUGGGGAGUCAUCUGGUGGUUAUCAACUCGCUAGAGGAGCAGGAAUUCCUUUUCCUUACAAAACCUAAAAAGAAAGAGUUUUAUAUUGGACUGACGGACCAGGUGACCGAGGGUCAGUGGCAAUGGGUAGAUGGUACACCUUUCACAAAGGCUCUCAGCUUCUGGGACAUAGGGGAGCCCAACAACAUAGCCACAGUGGAGGACUGCGCCACCAUAAGAGACUCUUCAAACCCAAAGCAAAGUUGGAAUGACGUAACCUGUUUCUUCAGUAUGUAUUGGAUUUGUGAAAUGCCAGAAAGAAAUAUUUGAACAAAGAAAAAUCUCCAACACAGAAGGCAUAACUUAAAUAUUUAACUGAGAACCAUAACUUAACUAUGUAACAAGAGCAUAAACAAAUAGCUGCACAGCUCCCAUAUGAGAAAAGCGUGCAUUGCACUUUAUAAGGACAUCAUUAAGUAUCUGUUGUCUUGCUAUCAAUAAAAAUGAGUAGUUUUGAAUGAAGUAUAA